AAACUGUGAAAGUUUAAGUGAGGGGGGAGGCGGGGAGGAAGGAAAAGAAGAAGAAGAAGAAGAAAAAAGGAGGUUUCUUUCCUCCCACUGCCCUGGCCCGGCCAAUGAGGAAGCAGCCCCGCGCCUCCCUCACUUCUGACAACUAUUUAGCAACUGAGCCCAGCUAAAGUUUCCAAAAAAGUUAGAAUAACUUCCUCUCUCCAAGACCUCAAUUUUUGCACAACCCCGUCCUUGAAAUCAGAGCCCUGCAAGCAACCUGGAAAACGUUUGCUCAGCAAAAAAAUAAACCCUUCUGUUUUGUUUUUUUUUUUUUAAUUUUUUUUGUUUUGUUUUUUGUUUCAUUUUGUUUUGUUUUCCAAAGGAUCUGUCUCAGGAAUUUUAAGCGUAUUUAAGACACACACACACAACACAAGGAGGGGGGCAAAAAAAAACCCCAAACCAAACCCAAGUCGCUUCCCCUCCCUUUCUUCACAGAAAGAAUGGAAGAAAGUUCCAGCUCUCCUGUUUCCCCCGUGGAUAGUUUGGGGACCAGUGAAGAGGAGCUGGAAAGGCAGCCAAAGAGAUUUGGCAGGAAGAGAAGAUACAGUAAGAAAUCCAGUGAAGAUGGCAGCCCCAACCCAGGCAAGAGGGGGAAAAAGUCUAGCCCCAGCUCCCAAUCUUAUGAAGAACUGCAAAGCCAGAGGAUCCUGGCCAAUGUCAGAGAGAGGCAAAGGACUCAGUCUCUCAAUGAAGCCUUUGCAGCCCUGAGGAAAAUCAUCCCCACGUUGCCUUCUGACAAACUCAGUAAAAUCCAGACCCUCAAGCUCGCAGCCAGGUACAUAGACUUCCUCUACCAGGUCCUACAGAGCGACGAGAUGGACAGUAAGAUGACAAGCUGCAGCUAUGUGGCCCAUGAGAGGCUCAGUUACGCCUUUUCAGUGUGGAGGAUGGAAGGAGCGUGGUCCAUGUCUGCCUCACACUAGCCAGCAUCAGGGUAAAGCAAACACAACUGCCGAAGGGACUGUCCAGUGUCUGAGACUGAAGUGGAAUUGGGAUGUAUCCAACUUUGUAGCUUCUGAAACCUUAACAACCUCAAGUAAACUGGUCCAAAAGACCCCUCUUGACCUCCCUAGCUCUGAACUCCUGCAGAGCACUUAGACUGAGCAGAAAAACAGCACCAAAGCAAACGGUCUGAAACUUUGCAACAUCUCUCCCCAAGAGACUGACCAAAAGAAAAGAGAAGAGAAGCAAUGUUCAUGAUUGUUUAUUGUUGUUGAGUUUUUGUGUGUGCGCAUGUGUGUGUCUGGGUUUUUUAAUUAUUUUUUUUCUGAAAAACCUUCAUUCAGGAAUACACAUGAGAAAUCUUUGGAUUUGGAUUUUAUUUUCCCUUUGCUGUAUUCUUUUUUUAAUGUAUAUUUUUUAAAUUCAAAACUGAUUUCUUGUACAGUAACAGCAAAACUGGACCAAGGCUCUCAGAAAGAUAAAGAAAAUUGUCUUCUCAAACCUUGCAUGAUUUAUUUCAAGUAAAGCCUGGAUUACAGAGUCUGCUCUUCACGUUCCCAUCUCCUCUUCCUUAUUGCUCCAUGAUUUGCUACAGCUAAACCUCCUUUUUAUUUUUUCAUUUUCUGUUCCAGUGUACAUGUUGCUUAUUUGUUUUAUUUAUUGAGAUAUUUUUAACGAGCUAAGAGACUGCAAUGUUGCUGUGUAUACUGCUUCUCUUGCCAACAGAAAUAAAGAUGUCAUGCAGCUAC